AGUUGUUCCUCGAUAACAACAGUGGACCAGGCUAGAGUUUUGCACAGAAUGACAGCACAGAAGAUGAUUUGAGAGCAAAUUCUCCGUUCCCUAGCGCCGCUGCUUGUGCAAACCCAGCUUACUGCUCUUAAACAGCCUCCGCAUCCCAAUUCCUUUGCUAGCAUCACUCGUAAACGUGGUAGUUUUUGCUGAAGAAAGUUUCGCUUUUGUCUCCAAACCUAAGCAUUGUCAAAAUGGGCUCUUUUGACGUUCUUGGCAAAUUUAAGCCGAUGGAAAAACGCGUACAAUUUGCAGACUGCUGCGGAAAGGAGUUAACUUCUACAAAAAUGAUCACUCCGAAUAACAGUGCAGAUAAUUUGUUCUCGCUUCAAGAAACAGACGAUGAAAAGAGACAGGUUCACAAAUUUAUAGUUCUGCGGUAUCUGAAGUGUCGCUUCACACCUCCUGGGCAAGGAUCAGAGAAAAUAAUUGCAAAGAUUUUGGAGAAGAAAAAAGUGUGUUUGGACAAUGUGUUCUGCUCUCAGUUUGUUGUUCUUGGACUUGUGCGUGUAGUCAAUUUAGCGUUCGAGAAGAUGAUUAUUAUUCGUUACACGACCGAUGAAUGGAAGGGUUUCCGUGAUAUAUGGGCAGACUAUGUCUCUUCGACUCCAGAUAAAAGGACGGAUAAAUAUACUUUUAGAAUUUCGCUGUGUGCGUCAAUGUUUAAUGAGAAAAAGCGUUUGCAGUUUGCGAUAUGUUUCCGUGCAAAAGGCGAAGAAUAUUGGGACAACAACAACGAAAGAAACUAUACAAUAGACUGUUGCACAGCAGAGCUCCGAGCGGUAUCGAGAAUUCGACUUCAAACCACCAAUAAAUUCCAUUUGGAAUGCUGAAAAUAAAACCAUCAAAGAUUGACAUGAUUCGCCAUGUGUCAAACCAGGAAAUAAGUUAUUAUAUUAUUAUAAUUUAUUGAGACAUUUAGGUUAAAACUUGUCAUGGUUACAGACCUCCAGUGAGAACAAUAAGGUCGCAGAUGAGACUUUAUUUCCGGUUCAAUGAUGAAUAAGUAGCAAGCCACGAAAAUGUACAUUUGAAGAAAUAGACACAAGCAUUGUUUUUUCUGUAAAACCCUGCAAAACACAUUUGCACAGACACAUAGAGUAAAUAUAUACUUUCAGAUUGCUAAUAUAAAUUUAUAUAGAAAGGAGCAAAAGUUUCGAGGAGUAAUACGAAACGACGCGGUUCAUUUGAAACAAUAAAAAAUAGUUGGAUAUUGAAUAGAAAA